AUGAAACUACAUUUAAUCUUUUGCAAUAGAGAAAAGCUGCAUGUGGACGGAUGGAGCCAGUGUGGCGUCAACACGGUGAUUCCCCUUCUGGACUCUUGGGUAAGAUUUGGAGGGGAACUAUUUAGUUUCAUGAUUUCUCUAAAAUUGAUGGCUUACUGUCUUUGAGUCAGUUUAAAGGAAAACAAGUGCUUUUCUUCCUUUAAGUGAAACUAGUGAUAAAGAGCCUGGUGAGUGGAAUGUCUGCUACUAAACACGUUAUUGAAAAGUUCACUCCUUGUACAGUGGGUGCUGUAGAAGAUCUUCAUCAUUCAGACCAUAACCUUUUUUUUUUUUUUCAUUCGAACCAAAAAUGUGUUCAUUACAAACUGGCUUUUUUUGGCUCAGUGUGAAUGUGGUUUCUGAUUUUUCUGCAGACAGCCUCAAUUGGACACUUAGGGAACUGCAGUUUUUAGCACUUAAGCACUAACUUAAAGGGAAAUUCCGGCAUAAAAUUAGGUAAGGGUCAAACACACCGUAACACCGAGUUAGACAAACCCUCCAGAGAUGAAUGUUGCCGACCGCUUGCUUCUCUAGUUAUACCAACUUUAGUAACGACCGCAGGAUAGAAAUACAGAGAGCCACGCCCUCAACCAAAACGCCACUCUAUAGCCACAAAUAAUGCUCAGAACAGCACCUAACUUCAUCAACAGGACAUAUAGGGUCACAGACAUAGGACUAGACACCAAACAUCUUUUUAACUUUGACUCAUUUCUUUAGCAAAGAGACUAAACACAACUCACCUACUCUCUUCCAACAGCCACUUGUUUGUAGCGAGACCUCAGGCCAGUCAAUUAGGGACUACAGUAGGGUGACACAGCUCAAGGAAGAACAUUUAUGAUCAUUUCUUUAUCAUUUCCUUGAAGUAAUAAUCACCAUAUUAAUCAUUUUACAGACGCGGUAGUUCUUCUGCCUUAGCGUCUCGGUCUAGGAACUAGUAAGCACUGUUAGUUAUGUGAAAUGAAGAAUGCCUGACUACCUAUACCAAGAAACACUGACCUGAACCUUUACACAAUACAUUGCAUUUUUUAAGCUUUACAUGGCACUUUAACAUUUCUGUCUAAAUCAAACCAGCCUCACAGCACAGAGAGAGUGGAUCAAACCAGGAUUGAACAAACUGUACCUUCACUUUUUCACAGUCUUGGCAAAAACUGCAUUUUUUUGUGUCUACAGAAACAAUUUCACACAAAAAACAUAAUCCUGCCCGUCCUAGUUCACUGGUUUAUAUGUCACCUGGUGCAAAACUACCAAACUAUCAAAAUAAAUAUCAAACUUAAUCCUACAUUUGACCAAGACUUGAUUUUAGGGGUUAAAUUUUAAGGGCUGUAAUACUUUUAUUUUUGAAGUUUAGAAGUGAAAGCAGAAUAUCCUGUCAGACACGUGAAAAGAGGAACUAACUCUUUGGUUUGGUGAUGACUGACUGUAUACACACACACACACACAGUAUUUAAACGUGACAUUAGUUUCUUCUCGUCUCAGUCGAUUUCUGUCAGGAUGGAGCAGACGUACGUCAGACAUGUGGAGCUGUUGGGCUUCGAGAAACGCUUUUUCCCCAGUCAGCAUUACGUAAGAAUUUAAAGAUUUAUCAAAACUCUGUUAAAAAGACAAAAAAUCCUCUAAUCUAAACAUAUUUUUCUGUAAAUGAUAGAAAUACGGUGUCAGUCAGCAGCUGACUGAACAUUUUAGGUGUUUUUCUUGAAGCUAAAGAAAGACAUGCAUUGAUUAUAACCUGUUUCUUCAAGAUAAGACUGAUUUCUUGAUCUCUGCUGAUUUUGUUUACUGUUAUCUCAGGAUGAAUAUGUUGAAUUGGUCAUGAUAAGUUAAUUUAAGUGUUUGUUUUGAGGUGUUUUUCUUUAUCUUGCUGUAAAAAAGCCAUUUUCCUUCUAAAAAUCUGGAAAACUAUGAUAAGAUGGUAGUUUUUCCCAUAAUCUAGCUGUCUCUGGGAAAAAACGAGCUUGUUUUGCUCUUACAACUCUAUUCCAGGAUAACAAAGCUAGUUUUUCCCAUUAUUGUAGAUUAUUUUAUCAUCUUGCUUUAUUGUCUAUUUGCCGCGUAGAGAAUAAAACAUGCUGACCCAUGGUAUUUGAACAUUUCCAAAAACAGUUUUGUGGACCAAAGAUUCUGAAUAUUUACUGUCCAAAUGGCACCAAAGAAAGGGUUAAAAAUGCUAAUUAAACACAUCAGACCAGCUAAACCAAAGAAUAACACUGUGCCUGUGUGAAGAGUCUUCUUGAUCCAAAGGCAGAUGGAAACUGUGUUUUUUGUGCUGUUGAUGAAAAACUCUUACGUUCAUUUGCAUUAAGGUUAGAAAUUUUAAACCCUGUUCUUGAAACUGUGAACAGAGCGGCGAAUUAUCAACCACUGAGCAUGAUAUACACCCCCCUCUUUCUACAGUUCAGUGAUGUAGAACUGUCAGGUUUGUCUGCAGGUUCAACCAGGUCAGAGUUUUUCAACUGGACUUGGUUUAAGUCUUUUCAAGCUUAAGGAACUUUAACCAAGUCCGGUCCCCCUUUGGAACAGCAAAGAUAAAAAUGUUUCAAACAUCAACAGUCACUAAAAAAAGAAACGUUAUUUUCACCGUCCCAAAGCUUGGUGUGGACAGGAGGUCAAAACUCAGAGAGAAAAUACCAGACCUUAGAUGAGAUCUCGAGAAAACAAACUGAAAAACUGAGUGUAAAGAGGAUCUACUUGCACUUUGGACAUUUCAGUGAUGGUGUGUUUGCAGGUGUACAUGCUGAUGGUGAAAUGGAGCGACCUCUCGGAGAAACUCAUCUACAGGACGUAUCCUGCCUUCCACACCUUACACGUGAGUUUGACAAACGCUUUUCUUUCUAAUUUUUGAAUAUAAACAUCCAGAGAUAGUCAUCCCCACUGUGAACAUUGUGAACAUCAGAAUUUACCUCUGAAAAAUUCAGCAAAAUUAAAUUAAUGCAGUUUUUUUUCUUAUUUCUGUUUCACUGACAGAAAUCACUGAAGGAGAUGUUUCCUAUUGAAGCUGGUCAAAUAGAAAGGAAGGACAGAAUCAUCCCUAAGUUACCAGGUAAAAUCUGCAGUCUAACUAACUGCAUCUGUGCAUAUCAGAGGUCAAAAUGUCUUUCAUUUUUGCAUGUGCAAGUUUCGAUUUUGGUUUAAAGUUUUGACAGAAGCAGGAGGAUCAUGUUGCAAAAGAAGUGCAAACCAGAGGAGGGUGUUUCAACAACCAACCUCUGCUUUUUAUUUACAUCAUCCCCCCAUGCUGAAAUAUCGUCCAAAAAAGGAACCUGUGGUUAUUAAACACAUUUGUGUCCUUCUACUUCUCGUUUUUCUGAGUGUUAAAGCAGCUGCUGCAACAGAGCUGAAACUAACGUGUCGCAGUAAUUCGCAGCUGUGAGUGAGCAGCUUCUGGAGCGAAAUCUGCGAGCCAGAGAAUCAAAUAAUGAAGACAGAAGCAGACAGAACAGGGCCCUCGAACACAGAGACAGACAACAGCAAAGAAAUUCAUUAUCAUGCAUUAAAGUUUCUCCAGAAGAUGGCGCUAUUUCUCCAACACAGCCAGUCUAAUUAUCAGUGGGAGUCUAGAUCUGCUCUUUCUGUUGAGUGUCUUGAAAUAACAUUUAUUGUAAAUUGGGUUUAAAUAAAAUAAAGAUUAAGUGAUUGGUAUUAAACUCAUAUUAGCCAAAGUUUAAAAUGUUGAAUACUUGUACUAUUAAGACACCUAUUACUAAUGGUAGCAGUCAUCAUCGUUGACUAUGUACUCAAGGAAAUAUGCAAUAAGGGGAGCCCACCACUGCAUACACUGUUUGUAUAACCAUCUCCAUCCUGUUCCUUGGGCUUUUAUUUUGAAAUCCUUGACCAUACCUCAUCUAGCGUAAAGAGGAAGUUGAUUAAAACAAAAUCCACAUGUCAAACAGUCAAAAACCUCCAUAAUCACACUUACUUGUUUGGGUUUGAAUUUUAAAAACUGGCCAAAAGAGGCUCUUCGCAGGAUUCAUCAAAUGUAAGAUAUUACUAUGAGGACAUGUGAGCACUUCAAUAUUUCUUUCACAGAGUAAAACUUUCCUGUCUGAGGUUAAAAUAGACUCUUCAGUGAAACUCUGAACCACACCUUGACGUCAAUUCUCACUUUCAUUUGACGCUCACAGACAGGUGUCCGGAGACAGGUUCAGGUUUGUGUGUCAUCAGUCAUUUUCUGUUCCUGUUCGGGUAUUGAGAGUAGAUUUUUUUAAAAAGCAGAACUUAAAUUGCAAACAUUCCCCUGGUGAAACAUUAAUUUCAUAACAAAGCAUCUUGCAUUUAUGAGAAAGAGAAGCAAAGACAAAACCUCAAACCCUGAUGCAACUGUGGCACCUACACAGGUCUGGAAAUUUCCAGUUCUCGAAAGUAUCGCACACGAAUGUAGUGUUGAUUUUGGAGAUUAAAAAGGAGAUGUAAGCAGCAGGUUUGUCAUGUAGUGAACGGGCUGCUGGUGGAUAAAGGGGGAAAAAGUUAAAAAAUCAACAGUUUAAGAAUCAAGAAUUAAGAUUCCUGUUUCCCCUCACCUCAGAGAUCAUUUCAUCAAUAGUAGUUUACCACUUUAUUUCAUGUUGUGUCUGCGCAUCAAACAGAAGCUUUUAAAUACUAUAAAUAUCUUUAUCAUUACUUAUUAUUAUAAUUACUACUAUUACUUGCAGUGUCCUUUUAUACUUAACUUUAACUGUAAUUGUGGACUUGUUUUAUUUUGUUUCUACUGUAUGUGACUUACUUUGUCUGUCUUUAUCGUCCUCUCGCAAAUGCUUUCCAGUGUGGUUUCUUUUCUACAAAUGGCACACAAAUGACUGACUCUGACUCUGAGGAGUCAGCAUGUUACAGUGGAUUAUCUUAGACCUGCUUUUGCUCUCCAUGGAAACUUUCAUUUCUUGUUGACACUUUAUCAGUAAAAACUCCUCGCACUACUUGGACUCGCACUCAUGAGUGCCUAAAAGAUUUUCCAAGAGAGUAAGAUAUGAACCGUAAACUAGGGCCAACAUGGAUUUUUUUGGGGCCGAUGCCGAUACCGAUUAUUAAGGGGGGGGGGGGAGUCCAAUUACCGAUUAAUCAGCCGAUUUUUGAAAUUUUUUUACGAAGUUUUAAAAUUUAUAUAUACACUGUAGAUAUACUGUAGGCUUCUGCUCUUCACGCCGACAGGAAGACCGACUGAUCAAACUCAGACCAGAAAAGCGUUUUCAACUACACCCCCCAGCCGAUCGUGCCUCCUCCUUUUAAUUAACUCACGUUCCUCAUUUCCGGUCCGGUCACAUCUGGAGACAUGCAGCUGCCUCAGUAAGAGAAGUAGCUCGAUCACUAAUGUGUACUGUUGUUUAUUCUACCGUUACUGACACGGCUAACAGUGUAGCAAGGCUAAUAGCAGGUGGCUAACUCUAACUUUAGCUUCAUAUUACAUGGUGCUUCACCGUUAACUCGGCGUGACCGAGACCAGCACAGCGGGGAACAUGGUGAAGUGGGUUGAACUGAAACUUGUUGACUUAUUGUGUUUUUCACAAACUGGUUUAUUUACCGUUGAGGUGGACCACUCUCCUCCGUGCGUCCCUGAGCUGCUGCUUCAGAUCCGUCACUCUGCUGCGCUGUGAGGUAGUUAGUGGAUGAAGAUUGUCAUGAGGUCACUGCGCCAUCUACAGGAUAAAUCGGGGGAUCUUUUAAAUGGCGGAACAUUUUCAAAGUGAAACCGAAUCUUAUUCUCUGCAUUUUAUUUCUGAAAAGAUCGGCGAAAAUCGGCCAGUUUUGGCCGAUUACUGACUAGUCUCAAGCGGUACUCGCCGAUAAAUCGGUCGGGCCCUGCUGUAAUCCAUAAAAAAUAUCAACGUCCCUUUAACUCGUUUAAUUUGAGUCAUUCAUGGAGUCAUCUUAAAACUUUAUACCAUCUUGAUUUUCUUCUUGUGUCUUUCUUGUACAAACCAAGAAACCUCAGAAAUCACAAAAACGGUGUCUUAUAGAGACCUGCCUGGAAACUACCUUGUUUUUAAACGUAACUCUGUGUGUGUCCUCCUCAGCGCCACGGUGGUUGGACAGUCAGAAGUCAACAGAGAACAGACAGAGCACGCUGUCAGAGUACUGCGGCUCGCUCACCGACCUGCCGCCCCACAUCUCCCGCUGCACACUCCUGACCAGCUUCUUCAAGGUCCGACCUGAAGACGAGAACCCACCAGCACCGAACACGUCAGUACACCACAGCCAACCCAGCCCCUACUAUUAUUAAUAUUCACAAGUAUCAAAACUAAACUAAACUCUCUAUUAGACUCACUGAUCUGAUAAAGAUGUGAUUUUAUCCUCAGACUGAAAAGAAACGAGAACUUUGUGCAGUCCAGGGAAACAGCCAGAGAUAACGCGUCAGGUAAGACCGACUUAAAACUUCUUUUUAUAACUUUUCAGACUAAAACACCGAUAAAGAUCACGUCUGAUGUCUUUUAAAUGUCUUCCUUUAAUGUUUGCUGUUUGUUUGAUUUCUCCCAUGAGCUACAAAUCAAACUAACUACAGCUGGAUGAAGUUUUGUAACGUCAGUUUCUUCAGACUGUUGCUGAUGUUUCCUAAAAUUUCAAAGAUGAUUGUGUUUCACCUCUCAGAGAUUUCCGGCCCCAUCAUACUGGACACGUACCGAGUCAUUGCAGACUAUGAAAAGACGUCCAAACACGAGAUCAACCUGCACACCGGAGACCAGGUGGAAAUUGUGGAGAAAAACCAGAAUGGUGAGGAUUAAAAAAAGUGUUUUCUCUUUGUUGAAACACCAAAGCUGUCUGUUUUAUUGAAUGCAUGCAAAAUUAACUUCAGUUUGGGUUGAAAUUACAAAUUUGCGGUGACUUUUUCAUUUGCAAACAAGUCCCAGUUGAGUUCUUUGAUCCAUAUCCUCAACUGAGACCUAAGUCGACUUUUUAGGUCUUUCUACCUGUCUUACUUCCCGGCCUCUUAUAUGUUGGACCACUGAAGCAAAGUAGAGAUAUCAUCAUGUGUUCAUAUAGGUGCUGACACUGUAAAGAAAAUGUUGCAGCUCCAAACAUAGAGCGGUAUGAAGUAGCUACUCUGUAAAAUCCACUUGCUCUGUGAGACCGGUAAAAAGCAUCACCUUUCCCCGCUCUUUCUCUCCACUUACUGCUCAUGCUGUGCACGGUUAGUCUGAGCGUAUAUUUGAUGACUUUUUACCAAGGUCUGAGCACAACAACCGCUGUCUUCGUCCUCAAAGCGCCACAAAGCCUCACUUUGAGGAGAGUCAGUAGGAUAUACUGUUAUAAUCUUAUAUCUCCAAUGAUUGGAGCUCUGUGUUGAACUGCUGUCGUCCCUCUGCUGUGUUCAGGUUGGUGGUUCUGUCAGUGUGAGUCGAAACGCGGCUGGGUCCCUUCCUCGUAUCUGGAGCCUCUGGACACGCCAGAUGAGUCAGAAGAGGCUGAACCGAAUUACGAAGGUCUGCUGUUUGUUUGUUAUAUUCUCUUAAUCAAAUAUUCUCACAGUCGUUCUCUGAGUGUCUUUAUAACAAUGUUAUGUCCUCUUGCAGGAGAGCUGCACAUCACCGUCAGAGCCUAUAAGGCGGAGCAGGGGGACGAGAUCUCUCUGGAGCUGGGUGAGACCAUCGAGGUGAUUCACAAACUGCUGGACGGCUGGUGGGUAGUCAGGUAUGUACGCACUCCCAAAGCUGCAAUAAACAAAAAUAAAAGGUAUGUAAAAACAGUAGGACAGGUGUUGUGCAGGAUGACCAUACGUCCUCUUUUACCCGGAUAUGUCCUCUUUUUUGGGGGGUUGUCCAGCCUUGUUCGGCGGGGAAGAUAAUGUAAUCCUUUAAACAUCUUGGGUUUUGUCUGGAAGUUUCAAGUUUGUGUUGCUUAGAUUUACUGAGUUGGAAGCGUGUAAAAGACACUCGAUCCGCCCCCAAAACUCAAAAAUUAACUACGUGCGACUCCAUGACUCUGCUCCCGGUAGUCGAGUCCUCUUUUUGAGGAUUCAGAAUAUGGUCACCCUAGUGUGGUGUGGGGCUUUAUACUGCAUCCAGCUCAGCUUCUAUCUACCAACCCUAUGACGAAGUGUUCCAGUUCAGUCUCAGAGCUCCUACUGUGGUUGUUUUUAGAAGAAAGAAGUUUUUAAUCUCUUUGCACAAACAGUUUAGAAGAUAGCAGUGGAUAAUAAGAACAAGGGUGAACAGUUCUAGAAACCCCGGAAUAUGAUUAAAACAAAACAAGGUUGUAAAAUACUUGAAUUCGUCUUUAAUCCUCAGCUGUUUUUCUGCAGGAAAGGAGAUGAGACGGGCUACUUUCCCUCCAUGUUUCUGCAAAAGGCUGGCAAGAAAGAGAUAUAUGAAGCAGAGAGGCUGAACAUGCAGAGACAGAAACCACCACCGCGUAGGCAAGUACAAAAUAACACCAUAAACACUGUAAAAUUAAAAGAUUCUGUCACAUAAAAGUCAUACAACAUAAAAAAUGUUUACAUCUAUAUCUAACUGCAUGCUUAAACUAGUCGUAUGAGACUUAAAUUCAGUUUAUACUCAUUGAAAAAUAACAAUUUAAACCACAACACUGACUUGAGAGUUUAUCCGCUUCCUCCUCCACCUUCAGGUCAUCCAUCAGUAACGCUAAGAGCAUCCACAACAAAGCUCGCCAGCGGAUCAGCCAGGACACGUACCGCAGGAACAGCCGACGGUACCUCCAGCAGAAAGGCAGCCGACGAACGGAGAACAAGAACGUGAGGAAUGCUCCAAAGUCACCGCUGAGGGAGAGGAAGAACCAGGGUAAGAAGACAGAAACAUGUUUACACUGAAGAUGAUUAAAAAUGGGGCCCAGUCAAGGUGAAAGUCAAAAGCAUUGGUGCUACUGUAGAUGCCAACAGACUACCAGCAAACACAAUGUUUGCAGGACUUCUACAACUAGGAUAAAGUGACAUAGUCCAGGACCCGAGGGAGGACAGUUUAGCCAUGGCGCUACAACACGCUACAGCAGGUCCGUUUGACAAGAAACACUUCUGUUACAGACACUUGUCUUACUUUGUUAAAGCGGUUUACCUGUCCAGCAGAAAGGUUACAGGGUCACCAAGAUCCCCAAGCGUCCCCCAUCGUUUAUGUUGACCCGGCUUUUUAGCUCUUGUCCGGUCUACCUCCGUUUUAAGCGCCCGUUAUUCCUCCAGAGUCUCCGGUAUUUACUUUGUUUUCUUGCUUGUGUCGGCAAUCGUGGCCAAAGGAGGAUUCAGACCAUUUUCCGUACUUUCCGGUUGGUUUCUACUGUCCAAUGUUGUAGCACGCUAACUUUGUUUGGGCUCGUGCACGAGGAUGUGGAGCGUGCCUCACAACACGAGGGAGCAGCGUCUGCCUCACAACCAAUCACGUUAGGGGAGGCAAAGAAUGGCUUUGUUUACAGUCAGAAGGAGCGGGCCGCUCAAACAUGUUAAAAUGUUGACUACACAGACAAAACAGAACACAACGAUAUCAUUAUAUUCCCAAAUGUCAUCAAUAACUAAUAACUAUUGACUGAUAUUAAAAGAUUUUUUGUAUAAACACCACAAAAAAGAUGCUUCUUCAGUGGAAUCCUGUCUACCCCACCUUUAAAGCAUACAUUUAAAUCUGUAUUUUACUAAUAAUAAACAAUAGGCACAAGGAAAAUCAAAGUGUAAUUGAGAGGUUUGUAAAUAUGCUCACCCCAUAUUUCGAUCUAAAAACACAAAAUUAUAAAUGAAAACUGUUGGCACGUUAGAAAGAAAUCAAUGACACUGAUUUCAUCUCUGUAGACUGAUCCAGUUCAUUUUAUUCUACAGUUUAGAAGACAUACAGUCAAUCAUCAGCACAAAAAUCUCCUCCUAAAAUCAACAAAGCCCAAUAACUGUCUCUGUAAACCAACAGAUAACAUCCCUGAGCAGUCUGGGUCCGGUUCGGAGAGCGAGCGAAAGAAGGAAGCUCCGGUGAUCCCUCCUCGGCCGAGUGCGGAGCUCAUCAUGGAGCGCUGCAGCGACCACACCCGCAAGAAAGUCAGCCUCCGCUUGUCUGAGACCAAAGCUUAA